UUCUCACAAAAGCAAAAUUCAUGACCCAAUGGACCUACCACACUACCUUUCUUCACAAAAGAGAGGGAAAAAAAAAAGUAGCAGAAAGAAGAAGAAGAAGAAAAAAGAGCUUCAAAAAGUAGAAGACAUGGAGGAGACGAUGAUGAAGACGGAUCCUUCUCCUGAUCAUAAACCCAUCUCCGAUUCCACUUUCCCAAGCUGGAAACUUUACGAGAACCCAUUUUAUAUUAACCCUCCACACCCUCAAAUCCUUCAUAAAUCCGCCAUUAACAAGCACCUCCAUUAUUGUCUGAAGCUAGCUUCAGCUUCUUCUUCUUCUUUCUCCUUGUGCGAUCUGAUUCCCAGCAAAAGCCGAAUGGAUUCCGAGCUGGAUCUGGCCCGGAGUCAGAUCGCGGAGCUGAAGACCGAGCUUCGCUAUGAGCGGAAGGCUCGAAAAAAGAUGGAGUCUUUGGCAAAGAGGCUGGCUAGGGAGUUGGAUGAAGAGAGGAAAGGAAGAGAAGCCAUGGAAGGGCUGUGUCAAGACCUGGCUACUCAGAUUUCUUCGCAUCAAGCACAGAUUGAUCUCAUGAAAAAGGAGAUUGAGGACGAGAGGAAGAUGCUAAGGUUGGCUGAGGUUUUGCGAGAAGAGAGAGUUCAAAUGAAGCUCGCAGAAGUAAAAAUCGUGUUCGAAGACAUGCUUUCAGAACUCGAAGCAGGAAGCAGCAACAACAACACAUUCUCCGAUUCCAUCACCAAAUUUUCCGGCAGAUUGAAACAGACGGCGGAGAUCAACGGCGGAUCUUCAACGGCGGACCAACCCACACGAUCGGCCGCCGCCGUGGGAGAUCAGAGCGAAACCAAAAUGAUGGAGAUUCCGAGAAAGGCCUCGCCGGAGCUGGAAAACCCCCACAUUGUUAGAGGAAUUAAAGGGUUUGUGGAAUUCCGGCGAGUGGUUCGAGGGAAGGGAUCGAAGGGUAGAGAUUCAGACGCCAAGUUGGAGUGCCAAAAGUCUCAGCUUAGGGUUCUACUCAAACAUAAAGGGGCUGUCAGAUCCAACAACCUCAUUAUUACAUAAUUUUAGUUUUUUUUUUUCCUUUUUUCCUUAUUGACAGCACACUCGAUCUAUGUGGAUUGAAUGAUUGUUUAGUUUUUUGGGGAAUAGUCGCAUGAACUGAUGAAAAUAAGGAAGAUUUUGCAUUUUUGCUUUUUGGUUUUGGGCUUGGGCUUGGGUUUGAGAUGGCUGUGGAAGAGAUUUAUGUGUAUAGAGUAAUUGUAGGUUUUGUUGAGUUUUAAUCGGUUUUCAUUUGAAAGUGAUAGUGAUAGUUCAAUUAUAGACGUAAAUUGGGUUUUUUGAGGAUGGAUUAUUGAGUAAUAAUAUAUAGCUCUGUUUUUAGUUUC